CAAACCCGCACAUAUGCAUUUGCAGCAUUUCGAUACGCCACAUUGAACAUCGACACCCCCCUCUUAAACGGAGGAGAAGCACUCAUCACUCUCAUUAGUCUCGCUCUUACUCCCUCGGAUCUCCGGUCUUUCAAAGAUUUCAGCAAACCCAAAACUCUCUACUCGACCCAAAGCGUUCAAAAUCUAUCUUGUUCAAUUCCCUUUUCCUUCCGAGCUGAGAUUCCCCGAGAAAUCCCGAAUUCCCAUUUCAAACUGAAUCCCAGUUCCCCAGAUAAUGUCAACGUUAUUGCACCAAAGACCUAUUCAUAACCCGUUUACAGAUCCAUAUCCAAUAUCCCCUCGCUCUUCCUCAAUUUCCCAAAGACCCAUUUCGAUUUUCAACCGGACCGCGCUUCUAGUUCUCCUGUCUCUUCUGGUAGUCCUUGGGGUCUUCUUGCCCUGGGCGGGCAUGCCCGACUUCAUCUUCUCGAGCACCAGACCUUCACUUUCGAAGUGGCGCGACUACACGCUGGCACAAGCGGCGUCUUUUGUGGCCAAGAAUGGGACUGUGAUCGUUUGCGCUGUGAGCCAGCCUUACUUGCCGUUUCUUAACAACUGGUUGAUUAGCAUUGCCAGGCAAAAGCAUCAUGAUAAGGUGCUUGUGAUCGCCGAGGACUAUGCCACGCUCUAUAAGGUGAACGAGCGGUGGCCCGGACACGCCGUGCUUGUCCCACCGGCGCCCGAUGCUCAAACUGCCCAUAAGUUUGGUUCUCAGGGAUUCUUCAAUUUUACCUCCCGAAGGCCGCGUCACUUACUGCACAUUUUGGACCUUGGAUAUAAUGUCAUGUACAAUGACGUUGAUAUGGUCUGGUUAGCUGAUCCGUUUCCUUAUUUGCAAGGGCAUCACGAUGUGUACUUCACAGAUGAUAUGGCGGCAGUAAAACCACUGAACCACUCCCAUGAGUUGCCACCUCCAGGGAAAAAAGGGCGCACUUACAUAUGUAGCUGCAUGAUUUUCCUUCGACCUUCUAGUGGAGCAAAACUGGUUAUGAAGAAGUGGAUUGAGGAACUCCAAGUACAGCCAUGGUCCAAAGCGAAGAAAUCAAAUGAUCAGCCUGCUUUUAAUUGGGCAUUGAACAAAACUGCUGGAGAGGUGGAUCUCUAUUUACUUCCCCAGGCAGCAUUUCCAACAGGAGGAUUAUACUUCAAGAACCAGACAUGGGUGCAGGAAACCAAGGGAAUGCAUGUUAUAAUUCAUAACAAUUAUAUCACAGGGUUCGAGAAGAAGAUAAAGCGCUUCCACGACUUUGGCCUCUGGUUGGUGGAUGAUCAUGCCCUUGAGUCCCCUCUAGGCAGACUAAGAUAAAGUGAAAACUUCUAUCUCCAUGUAGAACCAAGAACACUCUUGUUAGUGAUUGUCUAUUGCUCCUAGCCAGUGACCUCCACCUUCUUGCACAAUUACUACUCCCGUGAACUCUGUGGAAGGAAACCUGGCAUUAGCAGCUAACUUCCUUAUGUGCUGAUGGAUUCUUCAAGAAUUUAAAGAAUAUCAAUGAUCCGAAAUUUCCUAUGGCUUCUUUGGUGUUUUGGCAGGGCAGGUGGUCCAGUCAGCAUAAAGGAGAUGUCAACCAGUUACACCACUUAGAUAGAUGUGAUAUUGUCCAUUAUUUUCAUUUUCAAAAAAGUUUACUUUUUUCUUUUGAAAUUCAGUUAUUAACAAUUUAUUACUCUAUGUUAUGGACGUCAUUUUGUUGUGUAAUCUU